AGCAGAGCAUCUGCGUGCGUCUUCCCCACGCAGUCGUCUGCUGCUUCCGAAUUCCGAUCGGAGAGCAGCUGGACUCCGGUGAGGGAUCAUGGAGGCGGUGAAGAGCCUCCUCAAGCCCAAGCCGACGCCGCAGCAGCAGCUUCGCGAGUGGCAGCGCCGCCUCCGCAACGAGGGCCGCAACAUCGAUCGCCAGAUCCGAGAUGUGCAGAGGGAGGAGAAGAAGGUGGAGAAGUCCAUCAGGGAGGCCGCCAAGCGCAACGACAUCGGAUCGGCCAAGGCGCUGGCCAAGGAGGUGGUGAGGUCCAGGAAGGCGGUCAACCGCCUCUACGAGAACAAGGCCCAGCUCAACUCCAUCUCCAUGCACCUUGGCGAGAUCGUAGCUACUGCCAGGACUGUUGGCCAUUUAUCCAAGAGUACUGAGGUGAUGAAACUUGUCAAUAACCUUAUGAAAGCACCAGAGGUGGCUGCCACCAUGCAGGAAUUCAGCAAAGAGAUGACCAAGGCUGGUGUAAUGGAAGAAAUGGUGAACGAUGCUGUGGAUUCAGCGCUGGACAAUGAGGACAUUGAGGAGGAGAUUGAAGAGGAGGUUGACAAGGUCCUCUCUGCAAUUGCUGGGGAGACUGCCUCUGAGCUUCCAGACGCUGUCAGGAAGGAAAAGGAGAAGAUGAAGCAACCUUCAACAAGUGAACCUGCAGAGAGAACUGCUAUUGCGGAAGCCGUCGAUGACGAUGACGAUGACGAGCUUGAACAGAUAAGGGAAAGGCUCGCCAAAGUGAGGUCAUAAAAGAGUAAUGAUGAAAAGCAAUCACUGGUUUGUUUUACUGUAUUAUACUCCACUUCAGAAUGUAUGUGUGUCAUAUCAGAAAUAGAAACCCCUUCUUGUUAUUAACAAACUGAUAUACCUGCAACCUGCAUUCACUGAUACAAAAUUGUUCAAUCUCAGUUGCAAGGGUAAUUGUGUGCCCUGAAAUUUGUCUA